GUAUUCGGAGGCGCGUGGUAGUGAUGGCGGCGCUCAGUGAGACUUUCCUGUCACUGGAUACUACUACUCCCAACCUUCCUCAAAGCCGCCGGAGCAACCCCCAGGUCUUUAGUUUACAACUGGCAAUUUGACUUGCUCUGCUGCAUGUCUGGAGGGACCAAGGAAAGUGUGGAGACGCUCCAGGGAUUAGGUGAUCGGAGCUUGAAAAGAAAAAAAGCCAAACAAAUAAACAAAACCCACCCACCCUAACAAAUAUGAGGCUGCUGGAGAGAAUGAGGAAAGAUUGGUUCAUGGUCGGAAUAGUGCUGGCGAUCGCCGGAGCUAAACUGGAGCCGUCCAUAGGGGUGAAUGGGGGACCACUGAAGCCAGAAAUAACUGUAUCCUACAUUGCUGUUGCAACAAUAUUCUUUAACAGUGGACUGUCAUUGAAAACAGAGGAGCUGACCAGUGCUUUGGUGCAUCUAAAACUGCAUCUUUUUAUUCAGAUCUUUACACUUGCAUUCUUCCCAGCAACAAUAUGGCUUUUUCUUCAGCUUUUAUCAAUCACACCCAUCAACGAAUGGCUUUUAAAAGGUUUGCAGACAGUAGGUUGCAUGCCUCCGCCUGUGUCUUCUGCAGUGAUUUUAACCAAGGCAGUUGGUGGAAAUGAGGCAGCUGCAAUAUUUAAUUCAGCCUUUGGAAGUUUUUUGACAGAAAUCAUUUCCAUCACUACUGAACAAAACUCGGGCAUCGUUAUAACACCCCUGCUCCUGCUGCUUUUUCUUGGUUCAUCUUCUUCUGUGCCUUUCACAUCUAUUUUUUCUCAGCUUUUUAUGACUGUUGUGGUUCCUCUCAUCAUUGGACAGAUUGUCCGAAGAUACAUCAAGGAUUGGCUUGAGAGAAAGAAGCCUCCUUUUGGUGCUAUCAGCAGCAGUGUACUCCUCAUGAUCAUCUACACAACAUUCUGUGACACGUUCUCUAACCCAAAUAUUGACCUGGAUAAAUUCAGCCUUGUUCUCAUACUGUUCAUAAUAUUUUCUAUCCAGCUGAGUUUUAUGCUUUUAACUUUCAUCUUUUCAACAAGGAAUAAUUCGGGUUUCACACCAGCAGACACAGUGGCUAUCAUUUUCUGUUCUACACACAAAUCCCUCACAUUGGGAAUUCCGAUGCUGAAGAUCGUGUUUGCAGGCCAUGAGCAUCUCUCUUUAAUAUCUGUACCCUUGCUCAUCUACCACCCAGCUCAGAUCCUUCUGGGAAGUGUGUUGGUGCCAACAAUCAAGUCUUGGAUGGUAUCAAGGCAGAAGAAACUACUCCAAACCAGGGGGCCACUGGCUAACUUGAAUAAUCCAGAAGGCUUGGAAUAUCUAUCCAUCAAAUUUGGGCAUUAAAAUAAAUACCAAGAGUCCAUCCUCCAGGGAGUGAAGCUGACGAGGCCGACAGUAUAACAAAGGAGGUGGACUUUCUGUAGCAAUGUAUAUAUGUACAGGAUUGUACAUACUAGCAAUUCUGAAGACUUGUACUUGUGAAUGUUGCCUCAAUGCAUAUUUUAUUUUUUUACAUAAAAAUAUGAUAUACCUGUUUAAGUGCCUUAAAAUGUAUUUGACAAGAGCGUUACUUCCAAAAUAUGCUUUGUUGAUUACUGCCAGGGGUGAUACAAUAUUUGGGGGUUAAUUUUUUUUUCCUAAUGCAGGAAUCAGUCAUGGUAAGUGACAAAAAGCAAACAUGCUUUCCCUGCAGCACCUUUGUGCAAUACAACUCUAUUAAUAGUUACUGUAAUGUUUGAAAUGAGGUCACACCAUCAGGAAAAUGCCCUUCUGAUGACAGUGAAAAUUUCCAAAGUCUUAUUCACGCAUACUUUGAUUUACUGUGUGAUUCUUUUUUUCUACGACUGUGACAUGCCUCUUCCUUAUCAACUCAGCGGGGGUCAUAGAUCGAAUAGAUGCUGAAAAGCAUAAGAUAUAUGCAUUCCUUGACAUCAUUUUUAAAGACAUUCCUUCAAAUAGUUUCCACACAGAAAUUCCUCAGUCCCAUUAUGAGAGAUUGUGGUGUUAUAUGUCUUAAAUUUAUUAUAAGCUGCUUCAAAGAAAGGGCCUGAAUGUUUGAGUUAUGAGUGAAAUUAUGUGAAAUUUUGAGUUAAACUCUGCGAUUUGAUUUUUAGGGUCUUUCAAAUAUAUCUUAAUAUGUUCUUCCUCUUUAUUCAAUAAUUUCUUUCUUACACUUACACACUCAUAAUAGCCAAAUAUGAGGCACAAAAAUGUUACAAUCAGUUUGAAAGCAGCAACAAUUAAUGGUAUCCACAUUCCACAACCCAGACGAAAAUUUUUUUCCUGUUACACAGAUGUGCUGAGCACUUUCCAGACUGCCCCUGUUAGCCAAAAGCAGCCUGUUACAUCCUGGAAUUAAGCACACUUAAGGCAUUCGAGACAAUUUAUUAAUGAAAAUCUCCUUGGCAGAUCUGACAAAUGUUGGCAAUAUUUUUUAAAAGUUAAAUCGUAUUGCUCUUAUGAAUAAAUGAAAAUAUAAAGGUCAUAGAUGCAAACAAAUGUUACAUAUACACAUUCUGUCUCACCACAUGAAAAGAACAUGCAAAACCAUUUAAUAACCAAAAUAUCAAGUAAAAUCAGUUCCCAAUUGGGCAGCAGCUUUCAAACGAGUAUCCAAUAUUUGCUGUAACUGGACCGAAGUAGAGAGUGAAGCCACGUGUAGAACUACAGGAACACUUUUCUGUGUUUCCUCCAUGCCGUCCUGUCACAUCCUCUUACACAUCCUGUCUUGAUUUGAUAGACAGUAUUGGCAUCCUGGGUCUCACUGAGGCCGUGCUAUGUCCUCAGCAGCUGCUUUUUGUUGUUUUGUUGUUAUGCCCACAACAAAAAAUCAUUCCUUAGAAACUUAACCAAGUUUAUCUACAGUGUAAAUUUAUAUUAUUGUUACUACCAGGUCUCAUCUUUUGUCAAUGUCAUUGAAAGAAAUUUCAUGUGAGUUAUUCUCAGUGUGAAUUUUAAGGCUAAUGCCAGACCCUGCAAACAUCUAUGCUAACCAGGCUGUAGUAUACACUGUUAUAAAGAAUUUUACUUGUGUCUAAAACUACAGUAAUUUUGCUUAGGUAAUUGUGCUUACCUAUGGAGCACAGAAAGGCUCUUAUGCUUUGUUCCUACAAGUUUCUUUGAAUUUUGGAGUAAAUGGAAAUGUCUGUCUGUCAUCUAUCUGCCCUAUCAUAAAAAUCUUUCUCUCUAACAUUAGAAUACUGGUCCCCGCCCCCAACUUAUCUACCUCUAUUGUCUAACACCUAUAGUAGGUGUGAUCAUGGGAUAAAAUUCAACUGAAAGUGCUAUGAUAACAUUUUAUCUUUUGCUUUAAAAAAUGUGUUUUGUUUUCAAAUAAUCUUUACGUAGUGAACUUUGGUGGCUUUAGUGAUAAUGUUUAUGCCAAUUUCUUUUUUUUUUACACAAAUUCCUUGGCAUAUUUUUUCAUAAAGAACAAAAAAUAAAAUCAAAAUUUAUUUUUAAUUCAUGCUUAUUGGGAUUUAAUUAUUCAGAGCUUAAGUAUUUUGUUACGUUUAUACACUGUAAAGCUAUCUGUUUUAUGCAUUUAUGUUGUCUAAAUGUAUUUAUGAAAGAAAUACAUUAGAUUAUAUUUAUGUUUACUCAUUUUUUCCACCUGGAUUUUUUUUAAUGGUUGUUACAAAAUUUGAUUUUUUAAUGGGUGAUAAUGUUGGUAUUUUCAUGUGUUUUCUUAGUAUUAACAUUUUUGUGGGUUUUUAAAAAUUCUUCCCUGUUCUGUUAAAAAUUAACACACCUCUAGCUAAUGUUCAGUGUUUGUUUAUGCUAAAUACCAAAUUUUUUCAAAAGGAUUGGUUAAGUAAUAAAGUGGAUUAUUUAUGAUGGCUGGAAGAUGAAAAUAAUUAUAUGAUUAAACAAAGAAAUGUUUCAGAAAUCACAAAA